AGGAUAUAGAAAAGCAAGAGAGGAUUUAUAAGGAAAGCGUGUAGCAACGAGUGAGGAAUUCCGAGGAAUUUUUAUUUUUUUUGCAAAGAGUGUUUAGAGCUCCGUGACAAAUAAGAAAAUCCUGGUACAAUGGCUUUAUCUAAGAGGUUAUGUUAUUCUCUCAUCAUUUUGUUCUUUGUGGCUAUUGUGAUCAUUAUCCCCACAGUAAUUUUACUUAGAAAUUCCGGCUGUGAAGAAGGAUUUGUUAAUGGUGCGGUAGCUGCAGACUCUGAGAUCUGCUCAAAUAUUGGCAGAGACAUCUUGAAGCAAGGAGGUUCUGCUGUGGAUGGUGCAAUCGCUGCUCUGCUUUGUACAUCUGUGAUACAUCCGCAGAGUAUGGGCCUUGGAGGAGGAGUCAUUUUUACUAUUUAUGAUGCCUCUACAAGAACAGUGGAGGUCAUCAAUGCUAGAGAGACUGUUCCCAGAGAGUUUCCUCCAAAUUUAUUACAACAGUGUGCGACUAAAAAAUUUUUUGAACCAGCAGCACAGUGGAUCGGAGUGCCUGGAGAGCUAAGGGGAUAUGAGGCUGCUCACAAGAAGUAUGGACGGUUGCCUUGGAAAGCCCUCUUUCAGCCUACAAUCAGAUUGGUGACAAAUGGCGUUAACGUCUCAAAUGUUCUUGUCAAAUACCUAAACGUAGCAGCAAAACAAAUAAAUGACAGCUCAUUGCGUGUGCUUUUUUGUAACGAUGGAAAAGUAUUAAAAGCAGGAAAUCCUGUAAACUUCACCCAGCUGGCACAUACCCUCCAGACUGUGGCAGAUGAAGGCAUUGACAGCUUUUAUAGUGGUUCCAUAGCCAAGAAAAUGAUAGAAGAUCUCAGACGUCAAGAUAGCACUCUCACAUUGGAGGACUUAAAAAAUUACAAAGCACAAAUCGUAAGACCAUUAAACGUGUCUCUGGGAAACUACAUGUUGUAUACACCUCCACCGCCAGCAGGGGGAGCUCUUCUCAGCUUCAUUCUUAAUAUCCUUGAAGGAUAUAAUUUUGAUAAGCGAUCCAUGCAGAAUGUGCCUGACCAGAUAGAAACCUACCAUCACAUUGUAGAGGCCUUGAAAUUUGCAAACGGACACAGAUCUAAACUUACAGCCAGUGUGACAUCGGCCAACAUUGAGAAGUUUACAGACACCUUUUUCUCUAAGACUUAUGCAAAGGAAAUCAGAAACAAAAUUGAUGAAUUUGGCAAUCAUGACUUACAGUUUUAUAAUUUGUCGGCACCCAUAAAUUCAGAGACCUUUGGCACAAGUCACCUGUCCGUCAUCAGCAAAGAUGGAAGUUCGGUGUCUGCCACUAGCUCCAUCAAUCACAUAUUUGGCUCCAUGAUUUAUUCACCAAGCACGGGGAUAAUCUUUAACAAUCAGCUGGCUGAUUUCUGCAGUAUUCCAAUGGUUUCCUUGAAGGAAGGGAUGCAGCCACCAUCUUCCAUGACUCCAACCAUUCUUCUGUCCAAAGACAAAACGUCUCAACUGGUAAUAGGUGGUUCUGGUGGCUUUAGGAUAAUAAGUGCCACUGUUCAGGCCAUUGUGAACAAGUUAUGGUUCGGCUUUAACAUCAAAGAGGCAAUCGCAGCACCUGUGUUCCAUGUACAACCAGACAAUUCACUGAAUUUCGAGCCAUCAUUCAAUCUGGCUAUACAGACGGGUCUCCGGGAAAAAAGGCAUAACAUUUCUAAAGCUUUAUUUUCCCUGAAUGUGGUGCAAGGAAUUUCCCAAGAGAAGGACUGCUUAUUGCCUUACUCGGACACUAGAAAGGAAGGAAAGGCUGCAGGUUAUUAACACAAGAACAAGCACAUAAACAGGACUUUCAUUUCUGCACAUUCCAAGCAGUAGAAAUGGGGAAUGCACACAAACACUCAUGCACACAAACGUAUUCUUGGUCCACAUCCGAUCCACAUGUUUUGCAGGUUGGAUACUGACCCAUUCACUUCAGUGGUGCUGUAAAAGAUGCAGUGUGCUGUCCGCAUCCGUAUGUCCACGGAAUGGAUAUAGGACAGUUCUAUAAAGGGCAGGAUGUUCCAUUCUGUAAAAUGCGGAACACUCAUGGCUGGUAUCCGUGUUUUGCGGAUCCGCAAUUUUCAGAACGCAAAAAACGGAAAUGGUCAUGUACAUGAGCCCAUAAAAAGGUUCUCUGGAUUUAUUAUUAACGUUUUUUCAUUCGCAUUAAAGUAACUGUAUAUUUAUGCCGCACAUACCUGUUUUUCAUGUCAGCUGGAUUACUUCAGCUAUCAAAGGGGUUGUUGCUC